AUGUCAUCUCAGGAUAUUAAUGUUAUCGUGGACUCUUUCAUAGACAGACUGAAAAGGAGGCAGAUUAGUGGUACCUACAAUGUGUCAUUAGAAACAUUACAAAUCUUGAUGAGAUAUGUGUCCGCAAUUAGAUGGUCAACAACUGAUGAACUUAUUCAACAAAUUAGGACACUUGGAAAUAGAUUGGAAAAAGCUCAGCCUUAUGAAUUUAGCAGUGGGAACGUUAUACGGCGGAUCUUAGCCAUGGUACGUGAUGAAGUUGAAGAGCAUGUACGUGCUAAUGCCCCUGCUACUAGUGCGACCGCUAAUGCUCCAGCAGAAUCGUUAAUAUCUUCUAUGUUCAACUUGCUUCAAAUGCCAGUUGAUCCGCAGUCGCUGCAGGAAAAGCGGCACCACCACCAGUCUAACCAGGCGAAGACAGAUUUGCGUCAAGUUAUUAUACAAGGCGUUAAGGACUUGAUAGAUGAGAUCAAGAAUAUUGAUGAUGGGAUCCAACAAAUAGCAAUUGAUCUUAUUCAUGACCGUGAGAUUCUGUUGACACCCACCCCGGACUCAAAGACUGUUCUUAGAUUUCUACUGAAAGCCAAAGAGCGCAACAACAGACAUUUUACUGUUCUUGUUACAGAAGGCUUUCCCAACAAUACCAAAGUGGCACACGAGUUUGCCAAAAAGCUUGCACAACACGAUAUAGAGACUACAAUUAUUCCAGACAGUGCUGUCUUUGCGUUGAUGUCACGUGUAGGUAAAGUUAUUAUUGGCGCUAAGACCGUAUUUACCAAUGGUGGGGCGAUUUCUUCCACCGCAGGUGUAUCAUCUACAUGCGAGUGCGCUCGUGAAUUCAAAACGCCGGUGUUUGCUGUAGCUGGUUUGUACAAACUGUCCCCGCUAUAUCCAUUCGAUAUCGAAAAGCUCGUGGAAAUUGGUGGUUCUCAAAAUGUUUUACCUACUACCGAAAACAACAGAAUUGGUAACACUAUGGAUACCAUCAACCCGGUGGCGGACUAUAUACCUCCAGAGAACAUUGAUAUUUAUAUUACCAAUAUUGGUGGGUUUGCACCAAGUUUCAUAUACCGUGUUGUCUGGGAUAACUACAAGCAAGAGGAUGUUGAUCUUGUUGCUGUAAAUUGA